AUGUACAUGAGUUUCCUAAACGAACAACUCAAAUUGCAAGAUUACUGGACGUUCAACGUCACGACCAAACAAUUCGUAGGAAAAAUAGAGGCCGAACUAAAUGGAACCAGGAUGGAGAGAUUAAGGAGAGAUGCUCCAAUAUGGAUAGAAGAUGGAGAAAACAAAGUUGAUCUCAGCUCACCAACUCGUAGAUUUGCUCUCAACAAAAAGUCAAAAUCUAUUGAAACGCCAAUCGAAGAAACAACCACGAAUAUCCAUGACGAACCAUUAUUACGUCAUCUUCGACAGUUAGCUCUAAUAACAUUGACAUGUAUAAGUUAA